AUGUCUGAUUCUUAAUUUUAAUCUGAAUAGGCUACUGCUGAAGAUGCUACAGUUUAUAUGGAAGAAAUACUUGAAAAAUUAAAGCUAUUAAAUUAUGAGAAAUCUUUUAUUUAAUAAAAUGGAUUAAAACCUUUAAACAGAGCUUAUUUUGCUGUCCCUCUUAAUUCAAACGAAUAAUUUAACUAUUUUAAUAAAAUAGUGACGUGGCUUUUUAAAUAAAAUAAUGUUGAUGGUUCAGGAGAAACAGCUUGUAAAGUAAUUCUCGAUUUAACAAACAGAGCAUUGAAAACAAAAGGAUUUUCUUUUAAAAAACAUAAAAUUGAUUAACCAUCAUAAACAGCUUAAGAAGAAGCUAUAAUAGAUGAUGGAGCAGAUGAUGAAGCAGAUAUGGCAGAAAACAUAAGUGUAGAAAGUGAAGAAGAUUUCGAUGUUAUGGGAGAUAUAAAACAAGCCAAAUAAGAAAUAGAUGAAGAUAAGCAAGUAAUAUAGUCUAAAAUAAAUGAAAAGGAUUGGAUACUUGAAGUAGAAAGAGUAACUGCUAAAUUAAGAUAUUAGAUAAAAAAUGAUGCAAAAGAAUGGAGAUCACAUAUUGAAUAAACUAAAGAAUUUUCAAGCUCAAUUAAAAAAAUACUUCCUGAAGCAAGACCUAAAUUGGAAAGGUUGAUAGAUCAUUUGAGUAAAGUAUUAGAGUAAAUUUCUAAACGAGAAAAAAAUAUAAAUUAAAAUAUGACUGACUUGGGAGGAGAAUAUAGAACAAAAUCUGAAAAUUAUAAAACGAUUGUUACUUAGUAUAAUAAUUUAUAAAAUUCAAUAAAAGAAUAAGGAGAAUAAUAUAAAUAAUUAAAAGAAAAAUAUGAUGCUAUUAAAAUUUAAUUAGAAAGUAAAGGUGAUGAACAAACUAAUUCAUCUCCAGUAAUUAAGAUUAAAGAAGCAAUUAAAAAAAUUAGAUAAGAAAUUGGCCAAAUGGAUGUCAGAAUUGGAAUUAUUAGCCAAACAGUUUUGUAACAUAAACUCAGAUAAAAAUAAAGCGGGAUUGAAGAAGAUGCAGAAAACCUUGAUGAAAUAGAAAAUGAAUAAAAAAAUUAGGAAGAGGAAUUAGAUUUUUGA